GCAUAUACUUCCUAUUUGUCUUUAGUUGAUGUUUUUAAAAUGGCGCCGUUGGACUUGGAUAAGUAUGUUGAGAUUGCAAGACAGUGCAAAUAUUUACCAGAAAACGACUUGAAGGUGAGCAUGAAUCUACUUUUUAUUCGUGUACUUAACCAAUACCCUUAUGUUAGUACAUUCGCUCUAGCUAUAUCAAUCAUAUUGCGACAUCAAUAUGGCUAGCUAGCUAAGCUAGCCUGAUUUCCGACUUCUUCAGCUUAACGAAAGCAGCUAACUUUAGCCAGUGCAGUAUAGCUUGCAGUUUGCCUGUUGUUAGCCGAACACGUCACACAUUUUAGCGUCAAACCAUGGGGUAAUCGCUGUAGAAUAUAUGUAUAUUCUUGCUAGUAGUUAUCUUGCGAACUAGUUAGACCUGUGAGCUAGAUAUGCAGAUGACUAACGUUAACGGUAGCUAACGUUAGCUAGCUAGCCAUGGUUUGUGAACUAACGGGCUAACGUCAGCUACUGUAGCAGAUUACUAUAUAGGAAGGAUACUAGCUUUCAGCACAUACAUUUAUAGUUAUCUAGCCAGCUUAGUAUAGUACAUAGCAAAUAUUGUUGUCAUUCGAAAACUUAACAUUGUGCGUUGAAACUACAACGUUAUUUCAAUAUUGAUACGUCUAACGUUAGCUAACCAAUCAGGCCCCAAUAAGUUGUAGCUAACUACCAUUGCACCCCUAGGUUUAACAAAUCACCUGUGAAGUAGCUGGUUUGAGAAACUCGGAUACCUGUGAAGAUAGGGUUCCCCACUUUUCUGCUGUCUGAAAUGGCCAAAUAUGCGGAAAUUGGCAAAUUCAAAGAUGUUUGUAUAGAAAUAGCAGUAGGUCCAGUGUGCAAGCGUUAUUAUGCAGUCUAAUAAUUGUCAUAUCUCGCCCCUCUCAGAGAUUAUGUGACUAUGUAUGUGAUUUGCUACUCGAGGAAUCAAAUGUUCAACCAGUAUCCACUCCAGUCACUGUUUGUGGAGACAUUCAUGGCCAGGUAUUAUCCAAUGUCCUUUUUGAUACCUUUCCCAAAUUCAUUCGUUCUCCUAGUUUUGUUUUUUACAUUUCAAAUCAUCCUCAAUGAAUUUAAAUGCAUUAUCCACAUGUGGUUGUAUUGUUUUAAGUUAUAAAACAAAUCUAUCUAUCUACUAUGCGCAUUCUGAAUAUCCCCAUUUUUAUAGUAAAUGUGAAAUUAUCUUUCUGAUCCCCGUCUCCAGUUUUAUGACCUAUGUGAACUCUUCAGAACUGGCGGACAAGUUCCAGACACAAACUACAUUUUUAUGGUAAGUGAGAAGUUGUAUUAUAUUGUUAUGCUCUGCUGUAACAAAAAUGGUAUUUAGAACAUUAGAAACUGGAUCUGACUUGCGAUUGAUCUGAAUCCUGGUCAUGGCCUGUCUGUUUUCCCCAGGGAGACUUUGUGGACAGGGGUUACUACAGCUUGGAGACAUUCACAUACCUGCUAGCCUUAAAAGCCAAGUGGCCGGACCGUAUCACGCUUCUACGAGGAAAUCACGAAAGCAGGCAGAUCACACAGGUGUACGGCUUUUAUGGUGAGCAACAUGCCUAAUUGCUGGGGGCACAUCAAUUCUAACAACACAUAAGACAAUAUGGAUCCUUGUAGGGUCUCGGGCCAUAGUUAUUGGGACAAUUGGUAACUAACCUGGUACCAAGAAGCAAACAAGUAGCUGAAUUUCUAGUUUAUUACGGUGUAGUUACCAUUUUACCUUGUGAUUUAAAGUAUACUGAACAAAAAUAUAAACGCAACAUCUGUGGCAUAUCAAGAAGCUGAUUAAACAGCAUGAUCAUUACACAGGUGCACCUUGGUUUGGGGACAAUUAAAGGCCACUUUAAAAUGUGCUGUUUUGUCACACAACACAAUGCCACAGAUGUCUCAAAUUUUAAGGGAGCGUGCAAUUGGCAUGCUGACUGCAGGAAUGUCCACGAGCUGUUGCCAGAUAAUUUAAUGUUACUUUCUUUACCAUAAGCCGCCUCCAACGUCGUUUUAGAGAAUUUGAAUUUGAUUUGCCACUGUCCUGCAAUUCCUGGAAGCUGAAAAUGUCAGUUCUUCCAUGGCCCGCGUACUCACCAGACAUGUCACCCAUUGAGCAUGUUUGGGAUGAUCUGGAUCGACGUGUACGACAGCGUGUUCCAGUUCCCGCCAAUAUCCAGCAACUUCACACAGCCAUUGAAAAGGAUUGGGACAACAUUCCACAGGCCACAAUCAAUCAAUAGCCUGAUCAACUGUGUGUCGCGCUGCAUGAGGCAAAUGGUGGUCACACCAGAUACUGGCUGGUUUUCUGAUCCACACCCCUACUUUUUUUGUUGACCAACAUAUGCAUAUAUGUAUUCCCAGUCAUGUGAAAUCGAUAGAUUAGGGCUUAAUUUAUUUAUUUCAAUUUACUGAUUUCCUUAUAUAAACUGUAACUUAGUUAAAUCUUAGAAACUGUUGCAUGUUGCGGGCAAAAAAAAUCUGUGUUAAAAAAAAGAAAAGUGCUACCAGAAUUGUGAAGUAUACUAGAAUUUAACUUGUUGUUUUUUGCAGAUGAGUGCCAAACUAAAUAUGGGAAUGCAAAUGCCUGGCGAUACUGCACUAAAGUGUUUGACAUGCUAACAGUAGCGGCUGUAAGUCCAAUCACCUUGACCUUUCACUCUUCUUUUGAGUGCAUGUGCUUUAUCUAUCUUACAUUUUCCCACACAUAUGAAUCAAUCACUAAUAGAGUUUCUUACCACAGUUGAUAGACGAGCAGGUCCUUUGUGUGCAUGGUGGCCUUUCACCUGACAUCAAGACCCUGGACCAGAUCCGCACGAUUGAGCGAAACCAAGAGAUUCCCCACAAAGGGGCCUUCUGUGACCUGGUGUGGUCGGACCCAGAGGAUGUGGACACCUGGGCCAUCAGCCCGCGAGGUGCAGGCUGGCUCUUUGGCGCCAAGGUCACUAAUGAGGUAAAUGCAUCAAAUUGUUCUCCUGAGUAGAGGGCUAACUACUAAAGCUGAUGAUGAUAUGAGCAGACCUAGACGCUAGGCUUGGGUGGUAUAUACCUGGGUAUUUUGAAAUACCAACGGUAUGAUUUUCAAUACUGUAAAAAAGGCGAGGGGUUUAGGGCACCCUAAUGCUCAGGGUUCGCAUGCUAAACCACUGUUUAUAAAUAUAAGUUAACUAUCUAAGAUGUGCCAAAUAAAUUAUCUCCAGCUCAGGGCUCCAGUUUUGCAUUUGAUUCUCUAACUUGCUAGCUAACUGGCUAGCUUGCAAGAUCAAGCUUCUUGGUUACAGCAGAGACAGACAAUCCCCUCCUGGAUCAAGAUCCCUGCUGACCAAUUUAUUUUGUGCAUUUUUGUGUUUUUCUUUUUCCGUUUGGAAAGAGAUACCUCCUAGGUUGAAUACUGAGCUCAUCCAUGGUUCUGUUUUACCCAUUUCAGUUUGUUCAUAUCAAUAAUCUGAAGCUGAUUUGCCGUGCACACCAGCUGGUCCACGAGGGCUACAAGUUCAUGUUUGACGAGAAGCUGGUGACUGUGUGGUCCGCGCCCAACUACUGUUACCGCUGUGGAAACAUUGCCUCCAUCAUGGUCUUCAAAGACGUGAACACGCGGGAGCCCAAGCUGUUCCGCGCCGUGCCCGACUCGGAGCGGGUCAUCCCUCCCAGAACAACAACACCUUAUUUCCUCUAAUCACAAGAGCCAUUUUGUUCACUCCCAAAAUAGCCCCUUGCCUCUUUCCCUCACUCAUAUCCCUUUUGCAGUCUUAAGGAAGUGGAUUGGUGUAACUAAGAAAUAUGACAAUACAAUGGCUUCACCUCGGUCUAGUCCAGAACUAACCAUAGCUCUUACCCCUUCAGUGUUUACAGAUCUGAAGGAAUGAAAUGGGUAUAAGCAACAUGAUGUAAGCUCCGCUAAGCCUCAUUGAAUAGCAAUGUUGAGCUGUCACUAGUUUGUUUACUUUACAUCUGUCUCAUCCCUUCAGAUCUGCAAAAACCUAAGUGAUAGAUUCUUCUGGAAUGAAUCUUCUAAUAGAUUUAGGGGAGCUAUCUAUUUUUCUUAAGCCUAUCUGGUUCGUUGUCAUCUGCAAAGGGUUAGCGGUUUUGAGACUGAGCAAUUGUCCCCACUGUCAACUACCCC